AUGCUCACCUACCAGAACGGCAAACUCUCGGCUCAGCUGGAAGUGCAAAGAAAAGAAAUCGCUGCCCUCGAGGCCAAGGUGUCCCAGAUGGACAACAAGCAGAUCGACUAUGAGCAGACACUGUCCUGCGUGGACCGCCUCUGGACGCAGCUCAAUGAUGACAUCCUGUUCCUGACAAAGCGCACAGCCCUCGAGGAGGACACCAGCGAGGCACCAUCGCACUCUGGCCAGGAUCACCUCACAAGCAAUGGCAGUUCUCCAGGAAAGGGUGCCCAAACCAUCAGUGACCCAUUCCUCCAGCGCCUCGUGUGGUCUCACAGCGCAGCAUCCAAAGCAGUGGCAGCCAAGAGCAAAGAGCUGACAGAGGAUGCCACAGAAGUCGAGACGGCCCUCCUGCGCAGAUCAGAAUCAACGAAGGCAUGCCUGGCGCGCUUGCUAGACCUGCAGUCCCAGCAGGAGCAGCGUGUCGCUGACCUUGCCAGCCGUCUUGGAAAGGAUGCAGAAGUGGCACUUCAAGAUGAGGUGAAGCGUGCUCUUUCAGAGGCAGCAGCUGGUCGAAGGGAGCUCGACGCGCAGAAGGCCAUCAACAGGGCCUUGGACGAGCAGCAGCGAACCCUUGAAGACCAGCGCAUGAAGGAUGAGGUCACCAUCAGGGAUCUCACCAAUGAGCUGGCUGACAAGAGCGAAGAGGUCGCCGCCACGCAACGCAAGCUGCUGCUUGCUCGGACAAACAAUGUUGCGGACGGCCCUCCACUGCCAUGCAAGCCGGAGGUGAAGCAGGAGGCCUCUGCAUUACACCCUAAUGACAACAAUGCAGCAGCAGCCCUGGACGCAGAAGAAAACAGGAAGCUGCUCGAGAAGCGAGAGGCUGAGCUAGACGCGGAGAAAGAAUCCAACCUGAAGCUGCAGCGGGAAGUAAGGGGCAUGCAAGAGUCCAUUGCAAAGGGCUCCUUUGUGCCCGAGUCACAGCUGUAUCAGCAGGCCCAGCGAGAGAUACAUGCUGCCAGGGAGGACGCAGAGAGGCAGAGGCUGCUCAUCAGCACACUGCAGCAGGAACGUGCUGUCUUGCAGAGCAGGCAGCAAAGCCAGGAGCUCCAGGUGAAGCAGGGGGAGCAUGCAAUGCGCAUGCUGGCACUGGCAAACAAGCGCGAGCAGGACCUUGAGAAGGAACUGCAGCGCGCUCGGGCGGCUUCUGACGAUGCAGACCUCAAGUGGCAAGUCGAGAGGCAUCGGAUGGGCCAGACCAGGACGCUGGCAGAGCUGCAGCAGCAUGUGGAGGCCCUGCAGAAGGAGAAGAAGGUGCUCCAGGCAAAUGUGGCCCAGCACAAGGCUGCCGCGGAUCGAGCAGCGUUGGCGCGACAGGAGGCCCAAUCCCUCCUCACUGCUCUCAAGGCCAAAGAGAUCGAGGUGGAGCAUCUGCAGCAGAGACUAGCUGAGAAGGACGGGCACAUAGCAGAGGCGCGCACCUCAGAAGAAGAAGCCAAGGUCAAGGCGCAGAACCUGCAGGUGUUUGUGGAGGUGCUGCUCAACUGCAGCGAGGACCCGCGAGAGAUCUUGGACAUCCGCGCGUCGGAGGCGCGCCUGGAAGCCCAGGUCGACAACCUGCAGAGCCGCCUGAGUGGCCCCCAGCACCGUGCAGCCCUGGACGCCUCAAAGCACUCCGAGGUGAAGGCAAAGCAGGAGGCGGAUGCUCUCAGGAAGGACAAUGAUGGGCUCCGGCUGGAGAUCACCAAACUGGAGCGGCAGGCUGCAGAGCUGCAGUCCGAGCUGGCUUCUGCCAAGGAGACGAGCGGGGCGUACGUGCAGGAGAUAGAGGUGAUCAGCGACGCGUUUGAGGAGAUGCAGAAGCAGAACCAGCGGCUGCUGCAGCAGAUGACGGAGCGAGACGAGGUCAGCAACCAGCUGGUCACCGAGCGCAUCAAGAGCGGCCACACGGCCGCCGCGCACAAGCAGGAGCAGGCCGCGGCCGCAGCCGCGCGGCUGCGAGCCGAGCAGAGCGCCGCCAUGCUGCAGGAGCGCGUCAACGACCUCCACACCAAGCUGCAGGCGAGCAUAGAGGAGGCGGCGGCGCUGCGGGAGCGGUCGCACGGGUUGGCGGUGCAGCUGGAGGGAGCGGCGAGGGAGGCUCGCGAGGCGACAGAGGCGCUGCGCAGCCGCGAGGCCGCGCUUGAGGCCGCGCAGAAGGCCGCCUCGGACCGCAAGCGCGCCGCCGACGAGGAAGCCGACUGCCUGGCCCGCGAGCGCGUCAAGCGCCAGCGCCUGGAGGAAGACAUCAAGGUGGCAAACAGCAAGGUGGAGAGGCUUCGGAAGAGUAGCAGCGGCGGCGGCGGCGGCGACGCAGAGGAGUUGGAAUAUAUGCGCACGCAGCUGCGCUGCAACGUGUGCCACGAGCGCCAGAAGGACGUGAUCAUUACGAAGUGCUGGCACAUUUUCUGCUCGCACUGCAUCCGCAAGAACCUUGAGUCGCGCAACCGCAAGUGCCCCGGCUGCGGCACGCCUUUCGGCCAACACGAUGUCAAGCAGUUCUUCUUCACCUAGUUAUAUUGCUACACAUAUUCAAAUGCCUUGUCCCUCCACGGCGAGUGCUUGGGCGCCAUUAUAGGUGUGUGUGCCUAUGACCACAUGAUCAAUUCAGCAAUGUCCGCAGAUGCUAGCAAGGUUGGAGCAAGACUGGCUUGGGACAGACUUCCUAGGUCUACUUUGCUUUGAGGUGCAGACCAGAUGUUGGCUGCGCUCUUACAAAGAUGUGCGGGUGCUGAUGGCCACUGCAUAACUUGGUGCCGCUCUGUACGACUCUUAAGUUUUGGUCAAU